UAAGAGAGAGAGUGUGUGUGUGAGAGAGAGAGGGAGUGGGAGAGAGUAUACGCACACCAAAGCUGCCACUUUUUUUUUUUUCCCUCACUCUUUUUUCCCCCCAUCCUAGGAUCCAAUGAUAGCUGGACAAGUCAGUAAGCCCUUGCUGUCACUGCGGAGUGAAAUGAAUGCAGAGUUGAAAAGUGAGGACAAGGCAGCUACUUCAGACAACGAGCUGAAUGAGCCCCUGCUUGCGCCUGUGGAAUCAAAUGACAGCGAGGACACUCCCAGCAAGCUCUUCGGGGCCAGAGGAAAUACAGUGCUGUCUGAUACAAGCACAGCUGACCAGCACCAGACCAGUCAGUCCCACCCAGCGUUUCCUGUUGGGCCCCAGCCAUUACUGACAGCACAACAGUUAGCCUCAGCGGUAGCGGGGGUGAUGCCAGGAGGCACUCCAGCCCUAAAUCAGCCUAUCCUUAUUCCUUUCAACAUGGCUGGACAACUGGGUGGUCAGCAAGGACUGGUCCUAACUCUGCCUACAGCUAAUCUCACCAACAUCCAAGGGCUGGUAGCAGCAGCUGCAGCAGGAGGCAUUAUGACUUUGCCAUUGCAAAAUCUACAAGCUACCUCAUCCCUGAAUUCCCAGCUUCAGCAACUUCAGCAUCUUCAGCAGCUCCAGCAUCAGCAACAGCAGCAGCAGCAACAACAAGGGCAACAACCACCACAGCAGCAAACAAGCCAGCAUCAGCAACCAGCUCAGCAGACACAACCACCGCAGCAGCAGCCCCAGCAGCAGCAGCCCCAACAGCAGCCCCAACAGCCGCAACAACCCCAACAGCAGCAGAACCAAACACAGCACCAGAGCCAGAGCCAACAAACGCAAGCUCAGCAGUCCUCCAGCUCGCCUCAGAAACCCAACCAGUCACCAGGACAUGGCCUUCCAUCUCCUCUCACUUCACCAAAUCCACUGCAGCUGGUUAAUAAUCCACUAGCAAGUCAAGCAGCAGCAGCAGCAGCAGCAGCAGCCAUGGGCUCAAUAGCAAGCUCGCAGGCCUUUGGCAAUGCACUCUCCAGUCUUCAGGGCGUCACAGGUCAACUAGUCACUAAUGCACAAGGACAGAUUAUUGGAACAAUUCCACUGAUGCCUAAUCCAGUCCCAUCCAACCAGGCACCAGGCGGAGCUCAGGGCCUUCAAGUGCAGCCAAUUACUCCACAGUUAUUGACCAAUGCCCAGGGUCAGAUCAUUGCUACAGUCAUUGGAAACCAAAUACUACCAGUGAUCAACACCCAGGGAAUAACACUAUCACCACUCAAACCAGGCCAACAGCUCCAUCAGCCCUCCCAGACGCAAGUGGGACAAGCAGCCUCACAAUCCAAUCUUCUGCAUUUGGCUCACAGUCAAGCAUCUAUGUCUCAAAGCCCAGUACGUCAGGCUUCCUCUUCUUCUUCCUCAUCCUCCUCCUCUUCAGCUUUGAGUGUUGGCCAGUUAGUCAGCAAUCCUCAAACAGCCACCGGGGAGGUGGACGGGGUGAAUCUGGAGGAAAUACGAGAAUUUGCCAAAGCUUUUAAAAUCCGGCGCCUGUCUCUUGGUCUGACACAGACUCAAGUUGGCCAAGCUCUAAGUGCCACAGAAGGCCCAGCCUAUAGCCAGUCUGCUAUCUGCAGACACACGAUCCUGAGAAGCCACUUUUUCCUACCACAGGAAGCCCAAGAGAACACUAUAGCUAGCAGUCUGACAGCCAAACUGAACCCUGGCCUUUUGUAUCCUGCCAGGUUUGAAAAGCUGGACAUCACCCCUAAAAGUGCCCAGAAGAUAAAGCCGGUGCUUGAGCGGUGGAUGGCUGAGGCUGAGGCCCGCCAUCGAGCAGGUAUGCAGAACCUUACUGAGUUUAUCGGAAGUGAACCAUCCAAAAAGCGCAAGAGGCGUACCUCAUUCACGCCACAAGCUCUUGAGAUCUUGAAUGCUCACUUUGAGAAGAAUACGCAUCCCUCUGGGCAGGAAAUGACAGAGAUUGCAGAGAAACUGAACUAUGAUCGGGAAGUAGUUAGAGUUUGGUUCUGCAAUAAGAGGCAAGCACUGAAGAACACAAUUAAACGUUUAAAACAGCAUGAGCCUGCAACAGCAGUCCCUAUGGAGCCCUUAACAGACUCUCUGGAAGAAAACUCCUAAAAUAAAACCACAAAAAAAACCACCAACAAAAAUUUAACCAUUUGAACUCUGUGAAAAAAAGCUUAUUCAUCACCCUUGUAAGUAAAAGACUGAGAAAACUACAAGAUGGACAGAACAGUUUAUAAAUGUCCGUGGGUUUUCCUAUAUAAAAACAAAACAAAAAAAAAUACACAGCACUUAGUGCGUGUGUGUGUCGUAGAAUUAGUUCCCAAAAAAAGCCAGUUUUUUUUAAAUGGACUUAAAGUAAACCAAAUAACUGCUUACUUUUUUCUGUAUAUUAUGAAAAUGUGAACACGUUUUAAGGAAAAAAAAAACAAAAAGAAAAAAAAAACUUUUAUCUGUUUAAAAGAGAAUACAAGCCUGCCACCUGGAGGAAUGAUGGUAGCCUUUCAGGUAUCAAGUGCUGAUUCACUAUGAAAACUAUUAACCAAAGUCAGAAACAUGGCAUUGCAAACUAGAUUGUUAGUCUACUCUUUUACGAGCAUAAAAUUGUGUUAUGAAUUUUUACAUUUGUACUUUACAAAGAAGGGAAAAAAGGAUUAAUUUCUCCCAUCCUUUAUCACACCCCCCCCCCCCCCCGCAGGUGGGUAUAACAGGUGUUAAAGCCAUUCCACAGUGUUCACCUUUUUUUUCAUCUACACCGUUCUGCAAUCUCCAAGUGUUUGUGUGCCAAAAUAACUCCUAUUGAUUGUGAAUUGUGGGGUUCGGCAUCUUUUUUUUAAGGUGUCAUUCUUGAUUUUCAUUUCUGUUUUGAUUUUUCUGACCCAUUUUUGCUGCCUCCUCCCCAAACCCAUACCCCUUCUCCUUACCGUGUUUAAAGAUUUUUAAAAGCGAAACCUAAACACUUUCAUAUAGAUGUGUUGAAAUGCAAUAGAGGACAAAGAAGGAUUAGGAUUGUGUCUGAUGAACUGUCAACUUAGUGCACACACUGAAUAUUGUGCUCAUUGUCGACAGCAUAGCUUGCGAUUUCUCUGUCCUUUGGCCAUGAACCUGGAGAGGUUACCAAAACUAAUUUUGUAAUAUAAAUAUAAACUGCACACUUAGUUCGAUACUGCAUCUUUGUUCUGGUUUUGUGUAAAGCAAUUUCUCUCCAAAGUCUGCUAGCCAAAGAAAUUUCUUGAUGAAAACAAAUGGACAGGCCAAGAAGUAAUGAGGACAUUUGGAUCUUUAUACCAUUAUGGACUGAUUUACUGGUAGUUCUUUCAUCCUGUCUGCAUUAUUUUUGUCCUGGUUUUGAUGUUUUCCCUGUCAACUAUUACUGUUGGACGGGGUGGGUGUGUGUGUGUGUGUGUGUGUGUGUGUGUGUGUGUGUGUGUGUGUGUGUGUGUGUGUGAGA